AUGGACCUAGUGAGCGCACUAAGGUCCUCGGGCCUGACUGGUGUGUGGGCCGCACGCCACUUCAUCCACCGCCGCAUCCAGCCCCUGAAGGACCGAGUGCACCUCUCCUUCGACUAUACGGGGGAGGAUGACGCGACCUGUGAAGCGCCCGAGAUGAUCCAGCCGGCUGCGCUGACCGUCCGAAUGAAGCGGCUCUGUGCUCCCGAGACCGACAUCCCGAACAGUGCAAAGGGCUUCCCAUGGCCUUUCAACGCCGGCUUCCAGCCUCCCGCGGACCGCCACCAGUUUAUCUCACAUCCGCCCAGGCAAACCGCGCCCGAACGAAAGCGCACGGCGGAGGUGUCGACAGACGAGCCAGCGGCGAAGAGGUCGGCAUAUGACCCGGACGCCGAGCCUAAAGUCCCCGAGCACCCAGAGGAAGUGCGCAUCCAAGCUAGGUCGGAUGCAAAGUCUCGUGCCCUCCGACUGCUGACUCCUCGAAUAGCGGCACUAGAGGAGAUCGAGAAGGACCGGGCAGAGGUGAUUGCUCGGGCCAAGCUGAUCGAUGACUGGCAGCGCGCGGAGAUCGAAGCGCUGAAGUCGGCUAGAGCGUCGGACCAAGAGACCCUCACCGCCAGAGCUUCCGAGCUGGAGGCACUUCACAAGUGCAACGCCGAGCUCGCAACUGAGUGCUCGCGCUUAGCAAAGGGCGAGGAGACUGCUGUUACCGAGCUCGUAGCAGAGAUCCGGCAAAGCUCCAGGGCGGCCGUGGCGGAGAUCGACGCGCGUCUUCAGCGGGCCACGACUUCUCGGGAUGAGUUCAUGGCUGCGGCGCAGGAGAUUUUCGUGGCCUUGGACAAUAUGGAGCCGGGGCCGAGUGCUCCUUCAGCUGAGGACGUGCUCCAGAGGCUCCGUUGGGUCUCGAGGUGCAUUCGGGAGGAAGGCAGGGACUCGGCAAAGGCGGCGGCUUACCAAGCUUUUGCUAUCGUGAAGUCCUUGUAUCCCCGGGUCGACCUCGCCGCUGCUGCCGAGGGGUUUGCCCUCGAUUGCGAUUCCGAGAGAGCGUUGGAGCUAAUGAACGAUGCUCAAGAAGCCGCCGUCGGAGUCUGUAGGAUGAUGGGCCUGCACCAGUAGAAGUGGUGUUGUAAUCUUUGGGUCGGUUGUAGAAACUAAGUAUUGUUUUAAUGAAAACAAGCUUUUGUCUAUC